CCUCUGCAACAGAUAUGAGAACAUGCGAGGGGCAGAGGUCUAUAAAAGUCUUCCUCUUGCGAGUGACAUAUGAGAAGGUUGUGAGUGACACCUGAAAAAAAUGGCUGUACAUUUGGUAAUACGAAUUACUUUCAUACUUUUGCUUACAUGCGAGUUAGCAGAAGCAGCACCACCUAUAGCGAAACCCAAUUGUAGAAGUGGCUGUGGUGACCUUCAAAUUCCAUACCCGUUUGGGAUUGAACCCCAUUGCUACUUGGACAAGUGGUUCGAAAUUGUUUGCAAGGGAACUGGCGGCUCUGCUAAAGCCUUCUUAACUAGUAUGAACAUGGAGGUACGGCAAAUCAAUAUUAGUAGCAGUCCAUUAAAUAGGCACUAUUCUUUUGUUCCAACGGUUCAUGUCCAAAUCCCAAUCAUUUAUUCGAAGUUUUGUCAGCUCGCGGGAAAUCACAAUGUUACGAACAUUUCAGGAAGUCCUUUUAACUUUUCUGCCUCUGAUAAUACAUUCAUUUCGGUUGGUUGCGACAACUUUGCAACAAUAGCUGGAAUUUUUCCGAAGGUUUACGGGUGCAAGUCAGAUUGCAAGAGGGACUCAAAGGUAGACAAAGAAGCUAUAUGCUCAGGUUUCAACUGCUGCGAGUCGACCAAUAUCCCAUCAAACCUUCAAGCAUUUGAUGUUGAAUUCAGAAGUGUAAACGAAUCAAAUGACAGAGAGGGAGUAGAAAAGGGUUGCAAAUAUGCCUUCCUAGUGGACCAAGUUUGGUUGAAGGAAAACAAACCAGAUCCUUCUUCUGUGCAAUAUUGGGAAUAUGUUCCCGUGGUGCUGGAAUGGGCAAUAUUUCAAUGGAACAACAAUUCACGUGAGUUCUUUAACUUGCUAAAAAAUAGACGCAAAGUCAGUUGUUCUUACCCAGACGUCUACACCUUUUAUUGUGACUGUGCUCCGGGAUACAGAGGAAAUCCUUAUGUUGAAGAGGGAUGUGAAGAUAUUAAUGAAUGUGAAGACAAUGAUCUCAAUUAUUGCGGAAACAAGUUGGAUUGUGAAAACACAGAUGGUGGUUAUAUUUGCAACAAGCGAAAAUCUAAAUCGAAGAUGGUCAUUAUAGGUCUUGGUACAAGCCUUGGAGUACUAUGUCUACCAACUACAUGGGUUAUAUACAAAUGGAUAAAGAAGAGAAAUAAAAUCAAAAUAAAGAAAAAAUUCUUCAAAAAGAAUGGUGGUUUAUUAUUACAACAACAAUUAUCUUCCACGGAAAAUAAUGUUCAAAAUAUAAGAUUGUUCAAUUCAAAGGAGCUAGAAAAGGCAACAGAUCAUUUUUGUGAAAGAAGAAUAGUUGGAAAGGGUGGACAAGGUACAGUUUACAAAGGAAUGUUGAGUGAUGGACAAAUAAUUGCAAUUAAAAAGUGCAACAUUCUAGAUGAAGGCAAUCUCAAAAACUUCAUUAAUGAGAUUAUCAUUCUUUCACAAAUCAACCACAGAAAUGUGGUUAAGCUACUUGGGUGUUGUUUGGAGACCAAAGUUCCUUUGUUGGUAUAUGAAUUCAUCCCAAAUGGGACACUUUUCCAAUAUCUCCAUGAAGAAAAUGAAGAGUUUCCAUUGACAUGGGAUAUGCGCUUAAGGAUUGCCAUAGAAAUUGCAGGAGCUCUUUCCUACCUACACUCAGAAGCUUCCUCACCAAUUUAUCAUCGAGAUAUAAAGUCUACAAACAUACUCUUAGAUGAAAAAUAUAGAGCCAAAGUAGCAGACUUUGGGACAUCGAAGUCGGUGAAGAUUGACCAAACUCAUGUAACCACCUUAGUUCACGGAACUUUUGGGUACUUGGACCCAGAAUACUUCCAAACAAGCCAAUUUACAGAAAAGAGUGAUGUGUAUAGCUUUGGAGUAGUCCUUGUUGAGCUUUUAACUGGAGAAAAACCUGUUUCUUCAACAAGGUCGGAAGAAGGUAGAAGUCUAUCCUCAUAUUUCAUUCUUUCAAUGAAAAAGAACCAUCUCUUUGAUAUUCUUGAUGAUCAAAUCAAGAAAGAAGGUGAUAAAGAGGAGAUCAUCAUAGUGGCUAAUCUUGCAAAAAGUUGUUUGCACUUGAAUGGGGAAAAGCGUCCAACAAUGGGGGAGGUCGUAAUGGAGUUACAAGGAAUUCAAAAAGCUUCUCGUGGUGAACAAAAUUAUGAAGAACUUCAGUAUGUUAGAAGCAAAGAAAUUGAUCCUUCAUAUGUUUGCUCUACAUCAUCAUAAUCCUAUUCAGAAAAUUGCUUCAUUUUUGUCAUUGAUUGUCCUACCAGUAUUAUCUUUAAAACCGCUGUAGUUAAUAAAACUAUUUGCUUCGUAGUAAUUUGUUUCAUUUCAU